UUGUAACAAACGGGCCAGACUAGCUGUGGGAUGGAAAAGGCUGAGGGCGACGGUUUUCUCCCGCACAUCCAGCCGUGGGACGAACGUGCUGCAGCGCUGUCCUCUACUCUGCUACUCAUACAGGCCUGUGCGUCUGUGACGUGGCCGCUGUCGUACCUGGUCUCGGGAAGAAUUGCCGACCCUUUCGCCAGCGACGUCGAGUCAGGUCGCACGCCGCUCGGAGUCGCCUGCGAGGCCGGCCACAUCGAGGUGAUCAAGUUUCUGAUGGAGAGAGACAAGGAAGGACUAGCUGUUAGGGGAGCAGGCGGGACCACUCCACUCCAUGUCGCUGCCAAGGGAGGUCACAUUGAGGUGGUCAAGUAUUUGAUAGAUGAACAAGGAAUGGACCCUUCUUGUGAAGAUGAAGACGGAUUCACUCCUCUUGACUGUGCACGGACAAACAAAAUGAGGAAGUUUCUGCUUAGCCGUGGAGGGAGAGGCUCAAAGACGUACAGAUCUCGUCGCCACCGGUUCACCGAGCUACCCUCUCUCCCUCUACCUGAGACCCCAAGCCCAGCCUUACCUGUCCAUGAAGUAGGGAAAGAAACCACAAGUGAAAACCAAACGUACACCCUCCAACCUACCAUGCAGCAGACACUGUCAGGUUCAUCUGCUCUACUACAAGCCAGUAGAAAUGGUGAUCUUAGUCAAGUCAAGUACCUUGUCGAGGAAAGACAUGUUGAUCCACAUUCUUGUGAAGAUGAAGCAAAACACUCUCCCCUUCACUUGGCUUCUCGUUAUGGUCAUUUAGACAUUGUAAGGUAUUUAGUGGAAGAAAGAAACUGCCACACAGAGUGUAGGACUAAGUAUGGGGACACUCCUCUUCAUCGUGCUGCACUGGGAGGUAGGUUAGAUACAGUGAAGUACCUGAUCAAUGAAAGAGGCUGUGACCCAAUGUGUAGAGGUUGGAAAGGUUGGACUCCUCUUCACUAUGCAUGUGAGAGUGGCAGACUGGACAUGGUGAAAUAUUUGAUAGAAGAGAAGAACGUCGAUUCCUCGUGUCAGACUGAGGGUGGCAUUCUUCCACUCCACAUUGCUUCCAGUAAUGGUCACCUGCCAGUAGUGAAGUUUAUGGUUGAAGAUUACCGUUGUGAUCCUGGUGUCAGAGACAAGUCUGGGGUGACUGCUGCACAAUUGGCUCAGAGGAGGGGCCAUGGUCACAUAUCUUCAUACUUGUUUUACGUAGAGAAGAUUGUCUCUACUGUCCUCCGGAGGACUCUUGUGGAUCGGCUUAAACCAUUCACCAGGAAAGCCAAGCAAACCGGUGUAGUCUUGGGUAGUGGAAGAUAUGGCACAGUUAUUGAACUGACAUCAGCUGGAGAGACUGUGGCAGGGAAGGUUUUCAAACCCACUUCCGCCGCACAGCUGCAGGCAGUCGCCUCCAAAGUUUGUGGAGAAGUGAUGACAAUGCUGCAGCUUAGACAUCCCAACAUUGUCCAGUGUAAAGGAGUAAGUUUACUAGUAAACUACCCCCUUCCUGUUCUUCUGAUGGAGCGACUGAUGACCAGUCUCCAUGCCUACCUCCUACACCAAGACAACUCCAAUAUUCCAGUAGAGAGAAAAGUGUCCUUUUUACUAGACACAGCUAGAGGACUGGACUAUCUUCACAGCUGCACACCUGCCAUCAUCCAUCGAGACUUGACUACAAGAAAUGUGCUGCUGGACUUCCAGCUCACGGCCAAGAUAGCAGACUUUGGUAACUCACGGAUCAUGGACCUUGACCCAAAUGCCACUCCUCAAACUUUGACUGCUAUAGCUGGCACUCUGGACUACAUGCCUCCAGAGACAAUGGGAGGUGGUUUGAAGUAUGAUCCCAGUCUUGACGUGUUCUCAUUUGGACAUUUAUCGCUCUUCACUCUCAUCCAGUCUCCUGUACGACCGCUUCUCCCUUCCACAUAUACUGAUUCCACAACAAAAAGACUAACUGCUCGUAGUGAAGUACAGAGACGUAAGAAGUUUGUGAAGAGCGCUGAACAACUCUUGUCAGAGAGCCAUUCUCUACUGAAUCUUAUCAAACAGUGUCUCCAUAACCAGUCUGCUCUCAGACCUCGAACUAGAGAACUGGUUACAAAACUUUCUGAAAUGAAGAGUACAGACCACAUUGGUGAAGGUAGUCUGUCGUCCACUUCAGCAGACACACACUCAGUGAGAGAUCCUGUUGGGACCAAUACAAGUGAGACCGAUGGCUGCAGCAGAGUUUCAGAAAAUGUUGUCAUGGGAAACCUGAUAAGGCUGUCAACUGCUAAAGGGAAGCACAUUAGGAUAAUAGAAACAAGUGCAGUGAAAUACCGAGACAUUGGAACCAUCCUUCUGAAAGAUGACACUGGGGCAAUAGUCACGAGUAUACAACAAACUGCACUAGAUAAUCCAGUUGAGGCUGUUAGAAUGAUAUAUGAAAGAUGGAUACAAGAAAAUGAGGACCACUCAUGGAAGAAACUGAUCCUGUGUUUAAGAAAAGUUCGGCUAAACUCGCUUGCAGGAGAGAUCGAGCAACACUUUACACUUCCUUCUCCCACUCAGUCACAAGCUCACCCUUCUCACCAGAUCAUUGGAAAGGCAGACGAAACACCUCCCUACUGCAGUCCGAGGGAGGCCGGAAACGAAAGGGAGUAACACAACCUCCUAAUGAACCAACUCCAAAAAGAUGUGUCAGCAGUACAGUGGAACAUCCGAGGAGAGUGACACGCUCUUCAGCCUCUUUGAAAAAGAAGUGAUGUUACAUGCGGACAUGGGGACUUUAGCUGGCUAUGAACCUUGUGUUUCUUUGAACCUGUUGUAUCCUAACCUCUGUCUUUUUCUAAAACAUAAAGAUCUUCAACCUCUC